AUGUCGCACCUCGGAGGGAGGUCGAAGAAGGGAGGAAGACUCGGUCUACUUAGUAGACUGAGUCUAGCUGACGAUUUGGUGGCGAGGUCGCCUCGGGUGGUGCUCGAGCGCAUCGCCUCGCCCCAGGAGAAGGAGAAGGAGCUGUCAUGCCACUCACGUGACAGCUCUUCGGGAAGCCUCUUCGACAAGUCCCGCGGUUGCGUCACCCACGGGCGACAUGUCGGCCUUCACAGGCAGCGAGAGGAGUAUCGGCGGCUCGCCGUGGAGUCGGUGCAGCCGUCCGAUGUCCUUAAAGCUAAGGAGGACGAAGAACGACUGAAGAGGGAUGAAAGGGCGGCGGUCCGGGACCUGCUGAAUUCUGGACUCCAGCCGCUCGACCCCUCUUCAGCAAAGGCCAAAAUUGAGGGCAGCCUGAUGGCGAUCUUGGAGGUGGCGCGCACCUCCAAGAACAUAAAGGGCUGCCUCAUAAAACGGCUGAAGGAUGCGGUGGAAGACAUCCAGGGCGGAGUUCGUGCCCUGACAGGUCCCACCGCAGAAAAACUGAUGGCGGAGAACGCUCGCCUAAGUAGGGAAGUUGAGGAGCUCGGGGACCAAAUGAAGUCUGUCCAGAGGCAGACAGCCCCGGCAGCCCUCGACUUUGAGGCGAUGCAGCGCGCCAUCAUGGUGUCCGUAGGGACCAUGAUGGACGCCAAACUGGCGGGGGUCACGAGUCGACUCCCGCCAGAGCCGAUUUUACGUCCGCCUCUAGCGGCGGACAGAAGACGCGCGGAGGUGGAGGCGGCGGGCCGUGUUCCCAAACCCACCUAUAAUCAGGUGCUGAAGGCAGCCCCGGCCCCAAAGCCGGCGCCGAAGACAGCACCUAGGUCGGCGCCGACACCGGUGCCGAAGCCGGCGCCGAGACUGGCGCCGCAGCCGACCCCAACGCCAGAUCCAAAACCGGCGAAGGGGAAGGCUAAGACGGUCGCGCAACCGGCGCCGGCUCUGGUACCGGCGCCAGAAGAGGCACUGAUUGCGAGCACUUCAGAGACUGUGGUUGACGGAUGGACCACAGUCUCGAAGAAGAAAAAAGGGCCGAAGCCGAAGGCGCCGGAGCGCCCCAAGGCACAGCCUGGAAAGAAGGGGAAAGCCCCUCCUCAAAAGAAGAAGGAGGGGCCGAAGCCGAAGGCUGUUUCUGGCAAGCAAUGUCGGUCAGGAGGCGGCUGA